UCUUAAACCUGGAACACUUUAAUUCUGUCCCCAAGGGCAGAGUGAUAGACUCCCAGCAAUGUAGGACUCACCCUGUGCCUCCCUGGAUCGUUACUCUGAGGGUUAUAUGAUCAGUUUAAUUGGAUCUGAAGACCUGGACUUGGACUGAGACCUCAAUUACAGUAAGCCUGUCCUGAGACUUCUCAAACUCUACAAUUAUACUGAAGGAAGACCCGAGGCUCUCCAGGAAUCCUCAAGGCCUUCCAGGAUAGACUGAGAUUGCUGAGUGUUUGGCACCGAGUCUGUCUAGUGUGCUGUCAUCACAGACAGACAUUCCCUCAAAAUGUGGUUCUACCUGGUAACUCUUGUGGGCCUUUACCACCUUCUGCGUUGGUAUCGUGAGAGGCAGGUGGUGAGCCAUCUCCAAGACAAGUAUGUCUUCAUCACUGGCUGUGACUCGGGCUUUGGGAACCUGCUGGCCAGACAGCUAGACAGGAGAGGCAUGAGGGUGCUAGCUGCAUGUCUGACGGAGAAGGGAGCUGAGCAGCUGAGGAACAAGACAUCUGACAGGCUGGAGACAGUGAUCCUGGAUGUCACCAAGACAGAGAGUAUUAUGGCAGCCACUCAGUGGGUGAAGGAGCGUGUUGGAGACAGAGGACUCUGGGGUUUGGUUAAUAAUGCAGGUGUGUUACAACCAUUUGCCUACAUUGAGUGGUACAGACCAGAGGACUACAUGCCUAUCUUUCAAGUGAACCUCAUUGGUUUGACCCAGGUGACUAUAAGCAUGCUUUUCCUGGUAAAGAAGGCCCGGGGCAGGAUCGUCAAUGUCUCCAGUGCUUUGGGAAGAGUUGCAUUGUUUGGCGGAUUCUACAGUUGCUCCAAGUAUGGGGUUGAGGCAUUUUCAGAUGUGCUAAGGUAACUGUUAGAUGAAAUCAAGAGUG